AUGGCCGACCGUCUGGCUCUGACUUCACUCGCGUCUUCCGGUGCAUCCAACUUGGAGGCUCAUCGACAUCCCCUUGAGAUGUCUGUGGCCUUUGCCCGCCAGGAUCUUGCCGGAUUGGACAUGAACAUGACUAUCCCCAUUUCCAGUGAAGGGUCUUCAAGGGGCGGCGCCGCCGUUGAGACCCCCCUCUCACUAUGGUAUGAGAGAAACGACGGCCCAUGGAUCCCCCAAGGGCUAACAUCUGGCCAAGAUGACCCUAGAGCUCAGUCUAUGGCCUCCAAUAUGCGAGCCAAUUCGCUUGCUUUCCCCGGUCAAUAUCGCGAGAGUUUCGUGCCGUCCGAGUGCGAUACUGCGACCGGAGUCAUUCCCUCGGAUUCUGGAUAUGGAAGCUACAACCCCAGGCAUAGCGUUGCCAAUGGGUCUGUCUGUGAGGAAUCGUUUGAUAGGAAUCCCGAGACUCAAAGGCUCAUUGGAGGUAUGGGCGAUUUAAAUUUCCAAGCCUUUGGACCGGAGAUGUUGCAGAAGAAUGGAAUGAACCCGGGACACACAUGGGGCCAACCCCAAGGACCCAUUCGUGACCGUCAUAUUCACGUUGAGCCCGCUUUUCUCUGCGAGACCUGUGGGAAGCCACUGAGGACGAAUUCGGAGCUGAAGUGA